CUGGCUGAGCGCAUCCCGUAACACAUCCAUGAAGCGCUUGGCAGCGACGCACGCGAAACCGGCCUCAUACUGAACCCAGUGGGAAACGGAGCUUGAAUCUCUCCUUUUUCAAAUGUUCUGUCUGUUUGUUUCUUUCCCCUGCAUCCACGUAUGUUCCACUCAGAGGGAAGUCGACAUUUGUUUACUUUUCUUUUGCUCGGAGUACGCAGCCUGUCUCCAGAUUUGAAACCAACCAAGGUUUAAAAUGAACAAAGGACUUGAGGACAACUUGACUCAACUCUAUGACAACUGGACAUUUUACAACUCCUCCGUGGAGUCCGUCAUACCCAGGAACAACAUCACCUAUGUUGGAUUUUACCUGCAUCAGCCAUCCACCGCAGCCAUCUUCAUCGUGUCCUACCUGCUGAUCUUCCUCGUUUGCAUGGUGGGAAAUGGAGUGGUGUGCUUCAUUGUGCUGAGGAGCAAAAACAUGCGGACUGUCACCAACUUGUUCAUCUUGAACCUUGCUGUGAGCGACCUCCUGGUUGGGAUUUUCUGCAUGCCCACAACACUUCUUGACAACAUAAUUACAGGAUGGCCUUUCGGAAGCCUGGUCUGCAAAAUGAGUGGCAUGGUCCAGGGGAUCUCCGUGUCAGCAUCUGUCUUCACUCUGGUUGCUAUUGCUGUAGACAGAUUCAGAUGCAUUGUCUACCCAUUCAAGCAAAAGCUGACUAUAUCCACAGCCACAUUGAUAAUAGUCAUCAUCUGGGUUCUGGCCAUAUCCAUCAUGUGUCCAUCUGGGGUGAUGCUACAAGUGACCAAGGAGCACACCAUUCGGGUUUUACUGGGCUAUGACAACAAAACAAGCCCAUUUUACUGGUGCAGAGAGAAUUGGCCGAACCAGGAGAUGAGGAAGAUUUACACCACGGUUCUGUUUGCAAACAUCUAUCUAGCUCCACUUUCCCUCAUAGUGAUCAUGUACGCCCGGAUUGGCAUCACGCUCUUCAAAACUACAGUUCCAACAGGAGGAAAGCCGGGCCAUGAAAACCGGCACACUGUUUCAAAGAAAAAGCAAAGGGUGAUUAAAAUGCUUUUAAUAGUUGCUUUGCUUUUCAUUCUUUCCUGGUUACCUCUGUGGACCCUCAUGAUGUUGAGCGACUACGCCAGCCUGACUGAGCAGCAGUACAGAAUCAUCAACAUUUUCAUUUACCCCUUUGCCCACUGGCUAGCCUUCUUUAACAGCAGCGUCAAUCCCAUCAUUUAUGGUUUCUUCAACGAGAAUUUCCGCAGAGGAUUUCAAGCUGUGUUCAAGUUCAGCCUGUGCGCGGCGGACGGACAGCGGAGGAAAACCUACUCGCACAGGCUGCAGGGAAACUCUGUGCUCCCAGCUAACAAUGCACAAACGUCCAUGGAGCCUAUUUCUCUCAACAGUCUAGAUAAGAACACAGCCAGGCGACUCAAUCAUGUCACUGAACAGGACUUGGUCAUGGAGGACCUGGAGAAGGCUUCUUGCAGCAGCGGGGGGGUGACUGCAGUUUCCAUUUGAUAAAACGUUCUUCUGGGUGUUAUCAAAGGUGUUCCAAUUUCCCAAAAUUGCCUGUAUCAUUGAAACAUUAUUCAUAAACUGAAUGCUUAACAGUAAUUUGUCCAAGGCAAUGACAAUACCGAAGACUAAAUAUAUCCUUUAAAUUACAUACAAAGCAGUCAUUAGUUAUUUAUUUUGUCUUGAAGCGAGCUAUCUCAGUGUUUGCUUCGGAGAUAAAUGUGUGUCCGAAACAGACGCUUAGAUAACCGAUCUAAAAAAAGAGAACACUUAUUUUGUUUAACACAGUUCUUUAUCACCUUAAAGUCACACAAUGUAUGUUGCACAUAUUGUGCCAUGUUGAAAAUGGACGCAGGUUGUGCUACAUGUUGGAAUUGUUAUUUUCAAAAGGGGGAGAAAUC